GAUACCAUUUUGCAACUUAGACUUAGAAGUCUUGCAAGUUGGAACGAGCAAUAGAGUUGAAAACAAGGGAAAAAGAACACAAGUAAUGGGGAGUGCGACAUUGAAAUGGGUACUACAAUUACACAAAGACGUACCAAAAGCAGCUCAGUUUUACUCUGAAGGUUUAGAUUUCACACUCCAUCUCUGUACUCUUCGUUGGGCUCAUCUCCAAUCUGGUCCUCUCAAUCUUGCCCUUCUUCAACCCCCUUCUUGUGAUUCUGUCAUGCAGAAAGGGCAUUCUUCAAUGUUGUCAUUCAAUGUAACUGACCUUUAUGGCACAGUGACAAAAUUAACAUCAUUAGGUGCAGAACUGGAUGGCCCUAUCAAGCAUGAAAUUCAUGGAAAGGUUGCAGCUUUGAGAUGCUUGGAUGGUCACUUAAUAGGCCUCUAUGAACCACUUUGAGAUUUUAUCUGUAUGGGCGGAAUGAUAGCCGAAAGCAAUCCUGGACAUCUAUAAGACCUUCUAGUGCAUAUGAAAUAAAUAA